AUGCGGGUCAUGACCAAAUCAGAUUCUAUUCCAAGCCUUGCGAUAUGUAAGCCAUGAGUUUUUGAAAAAUUGAAAUUAAAGUGCCUUAAAAGGUACUUAAAAAAAUUGAAGCCCGAUAAGAAAAAUUGCGAUUUUUAGCCCAACUCAAGUCGGGGCCUCUGGAUGUUUUCUCCCAUUACUUCCUUGCAUCCGAGCUUGAACCUUGGGAACAUGGAUAUUAUCUGACGGAGAUCACACUACGUUUUCUGGUAGGUUCGCAAUACUACGUGUCUACUUCGAGGACGAAAACGCCUAUUACCAUUGUAGAUUAUGGUACUUUUCACUGUUUGAAAUAAUUUCAUAACCCACGGGCUAGAAUCGACUGCAGGCGUCGAAUUAUCGAGCGAAGUUUUCGGACCAGAGCACGGGAAAGGGAGCGACUUUUAGGCCAUAUAUUUACCAUAUAUUUACCGUUUCUUGAAAUAGGUAUGUCACUUUUCUUCCCUAGCCAAAAGAUCCAUCACCCCAAAAUUUCAAACUACGGCCUACCUCUGGGUUGCGAAUCUCGGCUAUUCUCGGAAUGCGCAAGCAUUUAAACUAGGUGUAAAAAUUUUGAACCAGAACACUUCACCUGUAAUCAUAUCCUUUAUUAUCUUCAGUUCACUUCAAAUCGCAUCCUCUCAACGUUCUUCACGCCCGCAGAGUUUACCAUAGUCGUGAACAGGGUGCAUUUCUACAUGCGAUGCCGUUGGACAUUUCUCUCGUCAAAUCCGAUUUUAAUAAUUGCUGUGGCCGUAUCCCGCAGAGAUCAGGCAUCAAAGAGCUUUGUUCUGGACGAUUUUUACACUAAUCGGGAGAUCUUCGAAGAAGCCUUGGUUCGGUUGAUUUUCUGGGCGAAAAGUGGGUUUUUGCAAAGCUGAAUUUACUGCGAUUUUUUCUCCAAUAACUUUUUCAGGACACGAUGUUUCGUUAUAUCUUUCGGACUACCUGAAAACACGUCCAAUUUCGCUGCUUUUAUUCGACAUUGCUCUAAUUCCUCAUCCUCUACAAGCCGAAAAAGACAGUAUCCAAUGUCAUUAUGGGAUGAACAUGGCGAACGUUUUUGUUCUACCCGCGAAAAAUGAGAAAUCAGAGAGGAAACUGCACUAUAAUCGAAGAGAAACAAAUACUUUUUGGGAUGAGAGGACAGCCAGGAUGAAACGGGGGUGUGAGUUGAAAUUUUGCCACCAAAUUUGUUCAGUUGAUUCGUUUGACAACGCUUGAUUUUAGCAAUAAAAUAAAAAUUUCACGGAAGCCUUCUUCCAGAUCUAUUGGACGUUUUCCAUCCAAAAGCCACCGAAAUUUUCCUGGAACACUGCGAUGGCUUCAUGAUUUAUCAGCAUUUACCGUAAGAUCUAAAAAAACUGUCGAUUUUUUCAUUUUAGUCUCCCAAAAAUGCCAUAUAUCCGCAGCCUUUCCGCGUCAUUACCAUUACAUACAAUUGGCAAUGAGAAUGCGGUUUUUUUCUUCCGAAAAAUCGCCGAAUCCCUUCGAGAAGCGGCACCGAAAUGUCAGCUCUUCUUUGCGGUCGACGUGGACAUCUACGCAGUCGAUUUUGAUGCGAGCUGGGAGUAUCUGAACGUUGUCCCUCCCGCUGUUAAGAAUUCCAUUCAAAUCGUUGAAGGGAAUCCGGAUGUGGGGAUAAAUUUCACAGUCACUUUGCACUUGGUUCAUGGUGUGAAUCAGGUAGGGUUUUGAGGAAUAUUUAGGAGCGAUGGAAUAGGAAUUUUUGGCGUCGCGAGUUUUGUGGUAAGCCUGAGACAUUGGCGGACAAUAGGACCUUUUAUACCAUCAAUGGGGCAAAGGUCUCCAGGAAAGGAGUAUAUUACGGGAACUGGACCCGAGAUACUGAAAUAAAGGGCCGACAAGAUGUUUCACUGAGUAUUUAUCUGUCAAUAACGCCAACAAAGGGGCAAAUCACACAAAUACAAAGAGGUGAGGACGGCGAGCAAUGGUCGACCGUCCGCCUCAGAAACAACCGAGCACGUCAAUCCAACGCAUUUCCUGAACCGUUUCGAAACUUCGUACCGUUUUCAUUUAUUUAAAAGAGAGACGAAAUGUCGCGAAAUUAUCGGCACUUUUUGUCGCCCGAAAUAAUUCCUUUUUCUCGAAAAGGAAGAAGAAAGAUAAGAAAAUGCGUUUUGUCGGAUAGUGGCAUUUCGUUUUGAACGAAUCUCCAAAAAGGGGCGGGAAAUUUUUUGUUCUAUUUUGGAUUGACGUGCGAGCGACUCUUCUAAAUAUUCCAAGUGAGAAGUCCCAAUGACCGGUCGGUGCGGAAUGCCAAUUAGCAGUUGAGUAAUUCGUGGCGGGAUGCAGAUAAAGGCUGGGUGCUCUGGCUGAAUUGCGGGAAAUUGCCCGGGGAAUUGGCUGAUGCUCCUGCUGGGUGUAUCUGGUCCUACUCACCUCCCGCGGAAAAGCUGAAUCAGCCGCCAGUUAGGCCUGGAGAUAGGAAAAACCCGAGUUUGAGUUUCUAAUUUUAAAAUGCUGUAGGCAUCCGAUAAACAUAAUGCCAAUUGCAAAAAUACGCCGUACGGAAGAAAACAAAACAAGUUAUAGCCAAUUCGGCCGCAAAAUCGCUGCAACUUGAGCUUUUUCUCUCACCUUUCCUUCAUGUCAUCUCAAAAUUUUAGGUAACACCAGAGCAAAAGACGAAAUACAACUCACUUAUUGAACAACUCUCACCCUGGCAAACAAACACUCAGUGGUACCAUGCUUCGAUCACCAAACCUUCAGAGGUAAAAAAAAUAAAAUUGCCAUCUUCUCUACAGCAAAAGCUAAAUGAUUUUUCAGGAUUCCGGGACAGUUACGCUUCAGAUCACUUGCAUGUUUGGUCACCGCGAUACAUACAAGUUGGAAGGGCGACAGGCACUCUUGGCGGAUUGA